AUGUCGGGCCCUUCAGAGAGAUGUCAGAUCGUCAACACACCCAAGAAGGGAGCUGAAUGGAGCGAGGAGGAGAUUGCAUUGAACAACCAACCCGAGGCCCUCUCGUUCCUCCUUAAGUCAACCAAAGAGGAGUUGAACGGAGGCCUCAACAGAAAUCGAUACGGCAUCGUCGUCGAUUUCAACAAGCACAAGCGAGCGGCUGCUGAUCAACACAACCAAGAUGCUAUAAAGCAGGACAACAUUACGAACCAAGACAACACCGCCAGAAGCCUGAAGGCGAACGCGCCCGCUUCCGAUCACGUUUCCCGACCGAUUCUCGACAACGGAUCAAACAACAAAUUCACCGGACAGAAGAUUGCCGGCUCAGAUGCUGGAAAAUUUAAGGGUCUUGCUGGAAGCAGAUAUGGAACGAAUCUUCAUCGCGGCGGCCCCCGCCAUCCUCUGAGCGCCAUGGGCCCGAAGGCGAAGGCGCCCGCAUCGGAUCAUAUUUCUCGACCUAUCUUCGACGACGGAUUGACGACCAAGUUCACUGGACAGGAGAUUGCUGGCUCGGAUUUUGGCAAGUUUAAAGGUCUUGCUGGAAGCAGAUAUGCUUGA